AUGUACUUUGCAAACACGUCUAUCGCAAGCUGGGUUCGGGACCAUGUCCCAACACCACCCGCCAUUCUCAACUGGAUUUGGCACUACAUUCUGACGCUUCUCCCUCUCCCGCUAUGGCUAUUAUCGUAUGACUGGCCCAAAGUUUGGGAAGAUGCAGCUGCCGGAGUUGCUCUCAGCAUGGUUGCCACGGGAGUAUCAUCACUCCUCACUGCGGACGCCACAUGGAGGACAUUCGACAAAGUGGGCCUUGGGUUUUACACCCCAGAACAAGUAGCCCAGCUACUUGCAAUUAUGUCUGGCCUAAUCCUCGCUAUAAUAGGCGCACUCCGACUUGGAUGGUUGCUGAGCUUGAUCCCAAAAGCUGCGAUCGAUGCAUAUGCCACCGCGGUCAGCCUCAAGUUAAUUAUCAGCCAGCUCCCUGCCUUGCUUGGUAUUAUGGGCGUGUCAAACGAGGGAUCGCCGUUUGUUGUGUUAGUCAACGUAAUUUACUACCUCGGUGAAAUUUCUAUUGACGCAGCAUUCGGAAUACCCUCUGUUGUUUUUCUUGGUAUCGUUGGAUACGCAUGCGAACUCCUAGCUAUGCGGUAUUCGCACCAACGACGCUCAUGGAAUUUCGUUUGCACGCUGCGUUUUCCAGUUGUCAUCGCCUUGUCAAUAUUGUGCAGCUGGUUGAUUUACCGCGGGCACGACGGCGGUCCAAUCCACACAGUGGGCGAGAUCGAUUCAGGCUUUAUACGCGCCCAUCUUCCCAUGGUACCUAGUCUCGACCAGUUCACGAACCUGUGGACUGAACUGCCUGCCAUAGUCUUGAUGAUGGCGGUCUCACAAGCGGCUCUAGCUCAGAGAUUGGCGACAUCGAACGGAUACACUGUCAAUAACUCGCAGGAGCUCAUUGCUCUCGGAGUCAUCAAUAUAUUUGGUCCUUGUGCUGGAGGUUACCUGGCAAUGGGCUCAUUCAGCUCAUCCAAUAUCCUCUCAAUGGCAGGCAGUCGAUCGCAACUGGCAGGAAUAUUUGCCGCUUUGAUGGUCGUGUUGGCGCUCUAUCUUCUCAUGGGGGUCUUUGCAUACACUCCCAUCGCGUCACUUGCUGGCUUGGUCAUUUUCUCCAUGUUCACCGGCUUGCCCCGGCCAAAAGCUCUCCAUCAAUAUUGGCGACUUUCACUCGUCGAUUCGUUGAUAUGGGUCUUAUCUGUGGUAACGGGAUUGAUUUACUCGUUGGAAUGGUCGCUGUACGUUGGAACGAUGGCGAGUUGGCUUCUCAAUUGCGUUGUUUCAUUCCGCAAACGAAGCAUACAUGUCUCAUAUCCAGGCGUUCUGGUUUAUCGCUUCAACAGCAGCUUUUGUUUUUUCAAUCAAAGGCAUCAUUUGGAGUCGGUAUACAACCAGUAUCAGGAAAAGUCCCCCGCCGUCCAUGCCAUUGUCUUCGAUUUUAAGGAGAUUGAUCAUCUUGAUCUGGAAUCAGCGCAAGGUCUUAGUGGGCUGCGGUUAGCGUUGGAUGCAGGGAUGGAAUUUCAUUUUGUGGGCGUCAAACAUUUCUGGGUGAGACGGACCUUGGCAGGCGCUGGCUUCGACAACUUUCACGACUGUGUGCAAGAUGCUGUAGAUGCGGCGACUAAGGGGGCAUAA